GUCCCCCACAUCGGGGGAACGAGAGAUCUCCUGCGCAUAUACUCUCGCUCUCUCUCUCUCUCUCUCUCUAUCUCUCUCUAAAGAGGAGAGGACAAAUUCUGUGCCCAUUUUUGUCUGCUGCUUCACCGCGUGGCCUUUAAAUAGCGGGAGCAUUUGGGGCUCGCAGACCAUCCACCUCUCUCGCUCCUGCUCUGUCUCCCUCUACCCAUCGUGCCUUCCAUUGUUUUGCCGGGACUUCGAAAGACCCAAUUCAGGAUGGGGAGCAUUGAUGGGACUGACUAUGGCGCGUUCACAUAUGAAAACCUCGAAAGGGAGCCUUACUGGCCAUCCGAGAAACUCAGAAUCUCCAUCACUGGUGCAGGUGGUUUCAUUGCCUCUCACAUUGCCCGGCGCCUGAAAAGUGAGGGCCACUACAUUAUCGCUUCAGACUGGAAGAAGAACGAGCACAUGACUGAAGACAUGUUCUGCCAUGAAUUCCAUCUUGUCGACCUUAGAGUCAUGGAUAACUGCUUAAAGGUUACUAAGGGGGUCGACCAUGUCUUUAACCUCGCUGCCGAUAUGGGUGGCAUGGGCUUCAUUCAGUCCAAUCAUUCCGUCAUUAUGUAUAACAACACAAUGAUUAGCUUUAACAUGCUCGAGGCUGCUAGGAUAAAUGGAGUAAAGAGGUUUUUCUAUGCUUCUAGUGCUUGCAUUUAUCCUGAAUUUAAGCAACUGGAGACCAAUGUGAGCUUGAAAGAGUCUGAUGCAUGGCCUGCUGAGCCUCAAGAUGCUUAUGGCUUGGAGAAGCUCGCUACUGAGGAAUUGUGCAAGCAUUACACCAAAGAUUUUGGAAUUGAGUGCCGCAUUGGAAGGUUCCACAACAUUUAUGGUCCUUUCGGGACAUGGAAAGGGGGAAGGGAGAAGGCUCCGGCUGCUUUUUGCAGGAAGACCAUCACUUCCACUGACAAGUUCGAAAUGUGGGGAGAUGGGCUUCAGACUCGAUCUUUUACUUUCAUUGACGAGUGUGUUGAAGGUGUUCUUAGAUUGACAAAGUCAGAUUUCCGUGAGCCAGUGAACAUUGGAAGUGAUGAGAUGGUUAGCAUGAAUGAAAUGGCUGAGAUCGUUCUUAGCUUUGAGAAUAAGAAGCUUCCCAUUCAUCACAUUCCUGGUCCUGAGGGUGUCCGUGGACGCAACUCGGACAACACGCUUAUCAAGGAGAAGCUUGGUUGGGCUCCUACCAUGAAAUUGAGGGAUGGCUUGAGAAUCACAUACUUCUGGAUCAAAGAACAGAUUGAGAAAGAAAAGGCUCAAGGGAUGGACCUCUCCAUUUAUGGUUCAUCUAAGGUUGUAGGAACUCAAGCCCCUGUUCAGCUCGGUUCACUCCGAGCUGCCGAUGGCAAGGAAUGAUGCCAUACCUCCAGUGUGACUUCUCCAGCUGUUAGUUUUGCUUUGAAAUGGCUGUGGUUAUGCCUUGUAAGAGCUCGUUUGAUUGCAAUAUGGUAUCUAUGUAGCCUUAUGGCAGCAAUGUUUUCUGCUUGUUUGUAUCCUCAAUACUUAGGCGUCCGUUGCAGGCGCGCGCGGUUAUUACUCUUCUGGUUGGAGUCAUUCUCUCGAACUUCACCAGAUUUAUGUAUCCACUUCGUAUUUAUUGGAGAUUUGAGAUAUGCAAUGAUAAUAAGAAGAGCUCAUCCACAUCCAUUCUCCAAA